CGCUCACAUCAAAAUACCCCUGGCAUUUGUGCAUAGAGUACUGGAAGGCGUCUCCCCCCUCUCUCUCUCUGCUGCUCAUUCUCCUGUUCAGAAGGGGUUCAUUUCGUCUUUCUGUUCAUGGGAUUCUAGCGUGUGCAGGAUCUUGCCCCUUCUCUUCUUGAGUCAUUUUUCUCGCUGGCAUAGAUAGGAAUCUUGUCCUGCUUGGUCCUUCUCCAGUUACGAAGCUUCGGUUCCCGCUAGUUUGUUUCUUCCCAGGGGUAGGAGGUUUUGACUAGCACAAAUGCUGGUGUCUGGGCAAAAAGGUCGACUGCUCGUUCUGUGCACAUGUUUUGUGAUUCUUUCGCUUCUUACAGUGCCGUCCAAUGGCUCGUCAAAUUCCACGGAAGAUCUCAAUCAAAACCACAACAAGACCGGGCAUCCUCUUCAGCUGACGCCCAAAGCAGCAUUUCAGCUCAAGCUACACGCGCUGUUCCACUGGUCCUCUUUUGGUUUCCUGAUGCCUGUAGGGAUACUGCUGGUCAGGAUGUCAAGCAAGUCGAAAAGCGGAAGAUGCGUCAGAGUCCUCUUCUAUUGCCAUGUCAUUUCUCAGAUCGCAGCUGUGCUUCUUGCUGCAAGCGGUGCCGCUCUGUCUUUGAUGCACUUUGAGAACUCCUUCAGUAAUACUCACCAGAGAGUGGGAUUGGCAUUGUAUGUAUUCAUGUGUCUUCAGCCAAUCAUUGGUUUCUUCAGACCAGAAAGAGGUGCCAAGGUAAGAAGUCUGUGGUUCUUCGUCCAUUGGCUUCUCGGCAUCGCAGUUUGCGCCACUGGAAUCGCAAAUGUCUACACUGGCCUCCGCACGUACCAUGAGAGAACCACCAAGAGCGUCAGCGUUUGGACCGGCCUCCUUACCGUUGAGGUCACCUUCCUAGCUUUUUUCUAUCUCUUGAUAGAUAGAUGGAGCUACAUGAUCAAACAAGGACAUCUCCCUGUCGAGCAGCUAAAACCCAAUGAUAAUCACAGGACCUAUCCAACUACUCUUCGGAAAGAGCUGGCUAUGGUACAAGAGUGAGGUCUCCAAAUAAAGAACGUGGUGUGGUGGAAGCACUGUUGUGAAUCUGUAAAGGGGAGAAGGCAAUGCUGCAAAAUGGUUUUGGUUUGAUUGGUGUGUUCCUUCAAAAAGAUUGUACAGUUUUUACACUUCUUUUGAGAUUGCAGAGAAUUGGACUUGGAGCUCUGGUGUUGUAUCUUCUGAUCUGAAUUUGGAUCUUGUUUCAUGACACCAUUUCUACUGUUUGUGGGAAGCAGACAGAUGCAGCAUUACAUUUCUUGAGGGAAAGAAUAAUCAGAAGUUCCAGAAUUGUGGUUGAUGAAUAUCUGCUUCUUUGCGCAAGCAUUUUUUGAGGCUUGUAGCAUAUGCAA